AUGGCCGAGCUCGAAGGUUUCGAGAUUGGCGACCCGGUGGCGGAGCUGUACGAGAGGAACCUGACGUCCUCGUCGGCGGAGUCGAAGCAUGUGACGGCGGUGCUCGAGGCGGUGGCCGACAUCCUCAGGCAAGAGGGAAUCAAGCCGUCGCCGACGGCGGUGUUCGCGGCGUCGCUGUCGUCCCUGGAGCGGGCUAACACAGAGGCGAGCCCCGAGACGAGCGCGGCGAUGCUGACUGUGCUCGGAGUGGCUCUGGAGCACGCCCCCACGGGCCCGGUGCUUAGCCGAUUACCCCACGCGAUGCAGGUGCUCCUCGCCACCGGUCGCGCGGCGCAGGAGAAGCCCGUGGCGCUCAGGGGCGUGGUUCGGUGCAUCGGACAGCUGGUCGCCGCGCUCAGGGACGCUCAGGACCCGGGAACGAACGAGUGGCCGCACUGCGCCAAGGCUUUCGGCGCCAUUUCCAACCUGUGCGUCGACUCCAGGCCCAAGGUGCGGAAGCAGGCGGCGGCGUCCGUCGCCGAGGCGCUUCGCGCGGUGAGGGGAACAUCCGCGGCGGGGCCGGCGAGCCGCGCGUUCGCGAACGUCGCCGUAUCCAUCGCGCGCGCGCCGGUGAAGGCUGCUCGUGAGCUCACGAGCAUGCACGGCGCGUCCGGCGCCAAGGCGGCGGAGCAGCGCGCGCAGGCUGCGGCUCAGGAGUCCCUCCACCUGCUCGUCGCGCUGAAGCUCAUCCUCGGCGAGCUGGACGGGUCAGCCGCGGGGGAGGUGGCGGGCGCGGUGACCGGCCUUUUGGACCUCGCCGAGCCCCUCCUGACGCAACACGCGUGCGAUGCGCUCGUGGCGCUCUUCCAGCCCACGGGCGCGAGCGCCACCGCCGCAGCCGCAGCCGCAGCCGCAGCCGCGGCUGGAAACACCGGCUUUGGCGUCCCGAAGGCACCGAGGGCGGCGGAGUCCGUCUCGAGCCAGGCUGCCGCGACGGCCGCGGCGGCGAUCGGUCCCCUGUCCACCGCCGCGCAGAACGAGUCCACGCGCCGACCCACCCUCGCCGUGUCCCUCAUCCGCGCCCACGCCGCCGCCGUUCGCCGGCUGCACGAGCUCGACCCGGCGGAGGCUGGAGCCCGCGCGCUGCCCCUGGCGUGCCACGAGCUGGUGAAGAUGCUGAACGCGGUGCACGAGGGGGUGGCGAUGGAGGCGGGCACCUGCCUCGCAUCCCUCGUCACCAAGUGCGUGGACACCAACAUGGUGAGGGAGGGGAUCAAGGCGAUGGCGGCGGCGAGAGCAGCGGGUAAGUCCGCGCCGGCGAGGCCACCCCCGGUUAUCGGAGUAGCGUCCGCGUUGAAGGCGUCGCUCGGGUUCCGGUACCGCGCGGCGUGGCCCGUGUCGCUCCCCGUCGUCGCAGCGGCGUUCGAGCGCCUCGGUGCCGCGGCGGGUGCGAUCCUCGGCGGUUGCCUCGAGGCGUUGGGUGAGAUGGGCGCGCACGCGGAGGGUCUGGCGUGCAGAGCGCAGCUCACGCAGUGCCUCGCGGCUGCGGUGAAGGCUCUGGGACCCGAGCAGGUACUGGCGGUGCUUCCCCUCCGGCUCGAGGAGGGCAUCGACGCCGAGAUCGCCGCCAAGUCCGAGGACGGUCGCGACGUCGACGAGGGCAUGGGCGACGACGACAUGGACAUCGGCGCGGGUGCCGAGCUCAACGAGGACGGGGGCAACGUCGCGGGAUCCGCGGGCGCCAGGCUGUGGCUCGUUCCCCUCCUCCGCCAAGCGCUCAAGGGUGCGAGGAUCUCCUACUUUUCCGAGGAGAUCCUGCCCGUCGCGCGACGCCUCGGCGCGCGAGCGGCGCAGGCGAAGGCUGCGGGUCGCGCGUUCGAGGCGCAGCGGUGCGCGGCUGGGGAGGCUGCGCUGUGGAGCCUGCUCCCCUCCUUCUGCCGCUGGCCCCAGGACGCGUCGGAAUCGUUCCCGGGACUCGCGCCGAGCCUCGGCAGCGCGCUCUCGGCGCGAGCGGACCUCCGCGGGCCCCUCACCGAGGCGCUCCGUCGCCUCAUUCAGCAGGCGCGCGCGGUGGUCAACGCCGACAAGCACGACGCCGACUCGGACGCCGACGAGGACGUCGACGAGGACGAGGACGACGAGGAUAAGGCGAAGGCGGCGGCUGCCACCGCGGCACUACUGGAGGACAGGCCCGACUGGUUCACCGCGCAGAUUGCGGAGGGUCAGGCGGCCACCGUCGCCAAGUACGCCCGCAACUUUCUUCCCAUCCUCUUUAACCUCUUCGUCGCGGCGCCACCCGAGCGACGCGGCGAGCUCAGCGCGACGGUUGGGUGCUUUGCGCAAAUCACCGAGACGGCUGCGCUCGGCGGUUUCUUCCGCACGGUCCUUCGUAAGCUCGUCAAGGUGACGUCCGACGCCGAGGAUGCGCCCGAUGGGCUCAAGGAGGGCGGUGACACGCGGUCCGCGAGGAGGUGUACCUUCAUGGACCUGUCCCUGGCCAUGGUGCCCGGUUUGGACAACGCGGCGCGAGAUCUUGUGUUCAAGGCUGCGCGACCAGCCGCCCUGGAGAAGGACGCCGCCGUGCAGAAGCGCGCGUACAAGCUCCUCGCGGCGCUCAUGAAACCCAACGUCGGUCCCGGCGCCAACCUCGGCGGUGACUGGCUCUCCGCUAACAGGGACGCCGCCGAGGAGUCCCUGGUGGAGGGGUCGGGCAUGUGCGCACCCGCGGCGAGGAGGUACCGCCUGCGGUGCGUAGCCGCGAUCCUGCCCAGCCUGAUGGAACGCGAGGCCGAGAAGGAUUCGGCCGAGGAGGGUGUCGCGAUGGGAGCCCAAGGGUCCUCCUUCGCGGUGUUGCUCGGCGAGCUCAUCGUGGCGACCAAGGAGACCAACGCGCGGACGCGGCAGCAGGCGUUCAGUCUCCUCGUGGAUAUCCCCCGGAGCAUGGAGCGCAAGGCUGGUCGCGCGGGCGGUUCGGGCAAGAUCGGCGGAGGUGCCGGCGGCGGCGGCGGUAUGCUCGGCGCGUGGCUCGCCGAGGGAAGCGACGAGGACGAGGACGAGGACGCACCCAAUGCGGCGAACAGCGACGAUGAUUUCGAGGGUAUGGACGACGUCAACGGGGAGGAGAUGGGCGUGGGUGUGCGCAAGUUUUUCAUGACGGUUCUGGCCGGCGUGGUUGGAGCCACACCCACGAUGCAGAGCGCGACGAUCAUGGCUCUCGCGCGUUUGCUGUAUGAGUUCAGCGCUGCUCUCGUGUCCACCGUUCCGGAGCUGCUUCCCGCGGUGUUUGCCCUCAUGGAGACCGGCAACCGCGAGGUGAUCAAGGCUGCGAUUGGUUUCAUCAAGGUUGCGGCGGUUCGUCUGCCCCAGACAGACCUCGCCGCGCAACUCCCCACGCUGGUCCCCGCGCUGCUGCACUGCUGCGACGACGAGGACGGGUUCAACAGGUUCAGGAGCAAGGUCAGGGUGGUGAUGGAGCGGAUGGUGAAGCGAUGCGGUUGGGACGCUGUCGAGGCUGUCACCCCCGAGCUUCACUCCGCGCUCGUGCAGCACAUGCGACGCGAGGAGGUGAGGACCGAGAGGCGAAGGAAGGCGUCCGUCGCCGGCAGCGAGUUCGGCGGCGGGGCCAAGUCCCUCGCGGGUAAGUCCGCCCGCACUGCGCGCAAGUCCGCUUGGAACGACGAGGAGGUCUUCUCCGACGACGACGGUCAGACGAUGAGGACGGGGCGCGGGGGUCGAUCCACGGUGGGCGGCGGCGGCGGCCGGGGUGCCUACUCGAUGGCGCCGACGUCGAGAAGGGACGCGGGCGGCGGCGGGCCGAGGAGCGCGGCGGCGGCUCACGCGCUUCGUGCCGUUGGCGGUGCGAGGCUACCCGGAGCCGCUUCAGGCACCGAGCCCUUGAACCUUCUCGACGAGAGCGCGAUGCGCCGGCACAUGCUCAACCAGCGCCGGGGCGGCGAACACGACGACGACGACCUCGGCGGGUACAAGCGCGAUGAGGGCGGUCGCCUGGUCAUCGUCGAGGAGAGGGAGGGACGAAAACGCGGUCGCGACGGCGACGACGAGGAUGACUUCGACGAUGGGCGCUCCGUCGGCGGUAAGUCCCUCGGCGGGGUGUCGCGUCGCACGGCCAAGACGAUGGGCGGUUUCACCAUGCGUUCGGGCCGCAGCGUUCGGACCAACAAGACGUCCCGCACGACCAAGUCCGGCCAGACGGUCAAGACGGUCAAAUCGAAGAAGGGCGAGGGCAAACACAGCGCGGACAGGUACAGGGCGAAGAAGGGCGCCACGGGAGACAGGAAGAACGGCGCGCUCGAGCCCUACGCCUACUGGCCGCUGGAUCCCAAGAUGCUCAACAGGCGGCCGAGCAAGCGAGCCAAGGCCGGCGCGGGCCUGGCCAAGGUUGUGAGGAACACGACCCAGCUCGGUAUCAUGACCGGCCAGAAGGCAAAAGACGCCAAGAGGAUAAAGAGUUCGAAGUACUGA